CAUCAAUGCAAAUGGUCUUGGAACACAAAGCCUGGAAAUCAUUCUUUCCCAUAACAAAGCCCCACCCUAAAACACACACAAAUGCAUACACACUGUCCAGUCUAGCCCAGCCCCUCUGAUCUAUGUGCCAACUUACCUUCACUCUAAUAUUGGUGUGCACCUGUUUGCCAAGAAGCACAGUUGGAUUUUUGUUUGCUAAUUUCAGCAAAGAUGUGUUCAUCUUCUGUGUAAAUCCAAGGAACAUGGGAUGACCCCGAUGUAUCUUUGUACAUACAAACAGCGAAGUGUAUAUUCAUUCACCAGACGGUGUUGAACGAUCGUCUGUGGUUCCUCCUCCGCUGUCUCGCUUGGGUGGAAAGUUAACAGAGUAACAAUGUUUUCCAGAGUGAGUCUAAUUCUGAUCGGAAUUGCGUACAUCUACUAUCAGGUCAACGCAUUAGACUUUGGCAUUGCUGAGCUGGAAGUGGAAAAUAACAUCACAAUGGAGACCCAGACUAUCUUGUCACUUUUGAACAUGUCAGUGUCAAUCCAGCUGGAAAGCGGUUCUUUGAACGUGACGAUUUCAGAAAUCGAACUGGUUUCAGAAUGCUUUCUGAUUGGAGACACAACCAGUUGCAAUUGCUCUGUCGGGUACAGUUGGAGCAACGAGGUGUGCUACAAUUCCUCAUGCUGCACCGAAACAACUUGCACACAAAAUGUGGCCCACAUCGAACCACUCUGCGUUGCCAAAGUCCAAGUUUCCAUCAAUGGAUCUGUUACGCUGACGUCUGGAUCCUGGGAUCCUGACAAAACUACAAAGCUGGAGAGCGCAUUCAGAUCUCGAUUGAAUGGCUAUGAGUCCCUGAACGUAACUGGUAGCAGCGCCGCAACUGCUGACUUCAAGGCAGUCGUCUGCAUCAAACUAAAGACCUCUGUACUUAAUCAAUUGCUGGAGGAUCUGAUGGUCAAUCUCUCAGCUAAGGUUCGGGUCGACACUGUAGGAAUGGUCGACAUCACAGCUCCAGAUGAUAUCGUGUCCUACAAGUCCAGCCCAACACUGGAAUGCACAUUUGAGGAGGUAACAACCAGCACUGGCUGGAAGUUGAUCAGGGAACACGAGCAUUUGGAGCUCACGGAUGGUACUGUGGUGACUCUAACCAAGUGCGAUAUUGAUUCGAAAUACAAUUGCAGUAUUGCCGUUACACUCAACGAAGUGACCGGCUCCGGGUCAGGUACAUAUGAGUGUCGAUUCACUUUUGGGUCAGUCACACACACAGCCAAGGCAAAGCUGAAAGUGUCACUCCUGCCUGAAGUGAUCACCAUGAAAAUCAAUCCACCUAUAGCAGACUGUUCAGACAGCAGUAACUUAGAAGUGCCUGUGCCUGUGCCUGUGACUGUGACUGCCACCAUCCAAAAUAGCAAUGAGAGCUACAACGUUUCGUGGCAAUUCCCUGGAGCGGAGCUAAGUAGAGGAUCCGAACCAGCUCCUGGAGAUAUCCUGGUCUAUUCUGUCAGGUCUGUAUUCUCAUGCGAGGAAAGUACUGCAACAAAAUGGGAAGUCAGUUUUAAAAACCAAAAAGGACAGACGAAAAAUGAAAGCCUGGAUAUCCUAGUAAUUCAUGUGUCGAAAAAUGUUUGCCCUGCUGAAGGGAUUUGGCCUAAAACCCCAAAUGGAGGUACAGUGAUUAAGCAGUGUGAAAACGGCAAGACUGGUUACAAGUCUCGUACUUGUGGUAAAGAUGGCGUGUGGCAGACAGUGUUCACCUCCUGCAUCAGCAAAGAGUUGAAGAAAGUUCUAAAUGAAGCAGAGGUCUUCAAGACGGGCAUAGGGGCUACACAGGAAGCAGCCAUGUGGAUCUUUGAAUCACUAAAGAAUACCACUACAUCUAAAUCCAGUAACGACUAUGCUGGAAUCAAUGCUUCUAUCAGCAUAAUAAAUAUAAUGGCCUCUGGAUCAGAAAGCAUCACCUUGAAGGAAGAAGUCUUUGAUGAUUUUCUUAAUGCAGCGAGCAAUUUAUUGGCCAACAACUGGACAGGAGUCAACGAAUCUAUAACAAAUGACAUGUCAUUACAAUACCUUUACGGUGUGGAGAAUCUGGUGAAGAACAUCCAAGUGAACAACACUUUGAAUAUCUACAAACCAAACUUGGACCUCAAAGUCUCAAAAGGGGACUGUAAUAUCUCUGUGUUUGAUGUGACUGUUAAACUCACCGAGACUGGCGGACAGGUCAAAACUGUUGGUGUGAGAAAUCUGAUGCAUAAAUUAAAUAACAGUUUUAAACCAACAUCAACAGCUCCGCAUAACCUUUUACUAAUAGUCACAAAGAACGGCAGUUCUUCUACCGAGAUUACAAUGGACUUCCCCAUCAAGGAGCUGAACGACGCACAAAAACUACACUGUGUCUUCUGGGACACCAAUAAAAAGGACUGGUCAGACACAGGUUGCAGAGUUGAACGUGAUAGUAAUCACACUGAUGGUAAUCACACACUCUGCAAGUGCAACCAUCUGACUUCAUUCGCUGUCCUCAUGUCCAAGUCCGAUACACCUAACCUCGACCUAGAUACCAUUACCUAUGUUGGCCUGGCAGUGUCCAUCUGCUCUCUGGUGAUCCUCCUCAUCAUUGAGGCUCUCGUGUGGUCUGUUGUGGUCAAGACUGAUCUCUCAUAUUUCCGUCACACAGCACUGGUGAACAUCGCUGUGUUCCUCUUGCUCGCUGACUGCAGUUUUUUGGCAUCUAUGUCACCUGAGAACCUCAGUGCUCACUUGUGCUUAAUUUUGACCUUAUGCAAACACCUAUUUUAUUUGGCCAUGUUCAGCUGGAUGCUGUGCAUGAGCGUCAUGCUCAUCCACCGGCUCAUCUUUGUCUUCAGCCCGCUAAGGAAAAGAGUCUUCAUGUUCCUAUCCAGUAUCGUAGGCUACGGUUGCCCAGUUGUCAUUGUGGGAAUCAGCUAUGUGUAUUGCAGAUACAACAAGAAGGAAUACUAUAAAAAGGACACAUGCUGGCUAGUUUUUGAUGGAACCUUGGAUGGCUCAUUGUAUUCUUUCCUACUCCCUGUGGGAACUGUUAUUUUCACAAAUCUUUUUUCCAUGGCGGUCGUCAUUUUUACUCUGGUGAAGUCCUCCGCCCCUGAUGGCAGCAAGUCGGAUGAGAAGGAGACAUUUAAGAGCAUCAUUAAAGUGGUGGUCUUUCUGACACCAGUUUUCGGAGUAACAUGGGGUAUUGGCUUCCUUCUGCAAAUAUUCAAUGAGGACCAUGAGGCAUACCCUUUUAUUCUAUACAGUUUCACCAUCCUCAAUUCCUUCCAGGGCCUUUUCGUGAUGUUAACAGGGGUUUUUGCAGAGCCAAAGGUGCGUCAAGAGCUGUUAAAGCGAAUGGAUAAAGGAAAAUAUGACACCAUGAUGAACUCAACCUCAGCCUCAAACACAAAAGAAAGAUGAAGGCAAAGGUGAUGCCGAGAGAAACAGCAACUCACAUGUACAGUACAUGAAGAGAAAAUGGCUUAGAGUCUAAUUUGCGGUAUAUUAUAGUUCCAAGACACUUACAAAGGUGUCGAUGUUUCCCCUAAAAACUGGUUUACUUAUUAAGUAAGGUGUUUGAUAUAAUCUGGGGUUUUUAAAUGUUGUAUACACAUUCAAAAAAAUUGCUAAGACAAUUUUAUUCAAAAGGAAAGUCUGUAGAUUGAAAUUAUGUGACAUGAAUAACAUAACCUGUAUGCUAUAUUUGCAUAACCACUAUAUGUAUCUCAAAACUAGUAAAACAUAGGAAUAAAGAAAAGGGAAAGAAAGGGUUUUGGUUACACUAGGUGUGAUUUAAAUUUUUAUUUCCAGUCUUGUGUUAUUCACAACAGAAAUAAUGUAGCAGAAAACACUUGAUUACUUUUAUCAUACAAAUAAACCACACUCAGGACAUAAAAGAAUGAUGCAGUGGACGAGUUCGUCCUCCACAGAGUGUUUCACUGAACUCUCCUGAUGACGGUGACGAUGGCUAUUGUCAGAACUACCGUCCCGGCUGCACCACCAAUCAGAGCUCCCAGAAUGCCGCUGUGUGUGUUCACUUCCUCAAAUCUUUUCCCUGUGUUGUACGUGGCCUGGGUUGUGGCACACCUGAAAAGCAGCAGUCACACACAUCUGUUUUAAUCAUUAAAAAAAUUAUACAACAAAAAUUGCUAAGAACUGCAGGUUUCACAUGAAUGCACGUCCCAAGCUUGUAUUUGCUAUAGUCCUCAUGCAAUAAGAUGUAUCACCAGGCUAGCAAGAGUAUGUUGAUUAAUUUUAUUAUUGAGUUUUAUAGGACAGUUUGACAAUUUAAAACUUGCUCACUUGAUUUAUUUUAUAGGUUAGAUCAUGUCAAGAAUAAUCGAGAUCUCACCGCUGAAAUAUGAGCUAAGAGCAUAAAGUAACAUGUAGAAUUAAUUCUCUGGUUUGCUUAUAUAACCUCUAUAAUGUUUAAAGUAACAUGCGUAUAACACAGUAACGUAUCAUGUUAGAGAUGAAAAAGUUGGAAAUGUAUUCAGAAUCUUUUAUAGUUUUGGGGUAGAUGUUGGAUAUUUUUCAAUAAUGUUUAAUAUACUUUUUUCCCUUUUCAUGUGUUUCUUUUCUUAAGAAUAAAGGUUUUAAGUUCAACAUUCUUCAACUGUGUUGAAAGCAUUAUGCAUGAUGAAGUAAUGGGUUUGUGUUCAACCAUGAAGUGCAGGAUGAGAAGCUAGAUGGAAGAUAACAUGUUGUGCAAAGCUGGUGCAGCCACACAGAAAUGUGACACAAUGUUUGCAACGUGACAAAACACAAUGCUAAAAGUUGCUAGAUUCAUACCAUAUCAGUUCAUGGCCCAAGACUGGUCAUUUCUAUUGGUAGCGUGUCAUUGUUUAAUGAUGAGUUAGUAAGCUUUAGAGUUCAAGAGAAUAUAAAAAGACGUGAGAAGGGUGUUGGUCUGUUCUUCUAUGGUUCCUUUACACAGAACGGGACAAAGACCCCCUCCUCAGCCUAGAAUCAGAAGAACGGGAAAAACGGACAUUUCUCAACUUUGAGAAAGUUUCCACAGAAGAAAUAUUCAAAUUGGAAAAUAUGCACUGAGGCCAUAUAAAGACUGACUUUUUAAAGAAGGUUUGACUUUGUAAUGAGUUUUGAAUUUUAACAGAAUUCAAGUUUCUGGUAGGAAACGAGUUUCAGAUAAAGCGGUGCUUGCAUUCCUUCCUUCUCACUAAAUUUAUAUUAGUUUUCAUCACAUUCACUCUUUUUAUUAAUUAGUAAGUUUUAUUUCUUGUGUGAAUCUUUACCUUUUACUCUCUUUUUAUAUAUUUUUUUCUCAUUUUAAUACAUUUAGUCUUUUACUUAUUUUAUGAGUUGUUACUCAUUUCUCUAUUAUUACUCUUAAUUUGUAUUAUUUAUUUUAUUUUUACUUAUUACUCUUUUCAUUAAAAAUGUACUUUUGCUAAUUGCAUGUAAUAAAUGAAAAAUCUG